AUGAAGAAGCAUCGUGCUCUUCAUCAUCAUCAUCAUCAUAAUCAUCUUCAUCAUCAUAAUCAUCUUCCCCAUGGGAAAAACCAGGCAAUAGUUGUGCAGAAAUCUUCAUCUAAACUGGUUGUAGUAGCUAUAGCAUUCUCCACCUUUGUUUUUGUUAUUACCAUAUAUAUCCCUCUCUGCCACCCUUCCAUAAAUUUAAUUAGCUACUCUUCAAUAUUUCUUCUUCAAAGCAAUAAUUCAAAACCACCCUUAAUUUCCAAUGACUAUGAAUAUUCUUAUUAUAAUCUACCAUCUACUUCUUCUUCUUCUUCUUCUUCUUCUCCAUCAUCAUCUACACAACAUAAGUGUAAUAUCUUUUCAGGGAAAUGGGUUCCAAAUCCAGAGGGUCCUUAUUACAACAAGAGCUGUUGGGCAAUUCAUGACCAUGUGAAUUGUAUGAAAUAUGGUAGACAUGAUAGUGAGUUCAUGAAAUGGAGAUGGAAACCAGAUGGUGAUGGGUGUGAGCUUCCUAUUUUUAACCCAGCUCACUUCCUGGAACUGGUCAAAGGGAAGUCUUUGGCCUUUGUUGGAGAUUCCGUCGCCAGAAACCAUGUGCAAUCUUUGAUUUGCCUCCUCUCUAUUGUGGAAUAUCCUAUAGAUGUCUCAAAAACACCAGAUUUUAAUUUCAAACGCUGGAGAUACACAUCCUACAACUUCACCAUGGCAACAUUUUGGACACCCUAUUUAGUCAAACGCAGAGUUUCAGACAGCGGCCUGGCUAGCCUGUAUCUCGAUGAAUUCGACGAGGAAUGGACAACCGAAAUCGAAGAAUUCGAUUACAUUAUACUCUCAGCAGGCCACUGGUUCUUCCGCCGCGCUGUUUUCUAUGAAAAAGGCAACAUUGUUGGGUGCCAUUAUUGCAUCCCAGAUAUUAACAAUGCCACAGAGUUAGGAAUGUUCUAUGGUUAUAGAAAUGCCUUGAAAACAGCUUUCAAGGCCAUAACAAACUCGAAAGACUACAAGGGUAUAACAUAUCUAAGGACAUUUUCACCAUCACAUUUCGAAAAUGGGUUGUGGAAUGAAGGAGGGAAUUGUGUUAGGACAAGGCCAUUUAGGAGGAAUGAGACUGAGUUGGAGGGUGACAAUAUGGAGGUUUACAAAACCCAAUUGGAGGAGUUUUGGAAUGCUGAGAGGGAAGGGAGAGAGAGGGGUUUGAAAUUCAGGCUGCUUGAUACUACACAGGCUAUGCUAUUGAGGCCAGAUGGUCAUCCUAAUAGUCAUGGUCGAUGGAGACAAGAAAACCUGACUUCCUACAAUGAUUGUCUUCACUGGUGCUUGCCUGGACCCAUCGACACUUGGAAUGAUUUCUUGUUGGAGAUGAUGAAGAAUGAAUUACAUCUAAGAUCAGCUGAGGAGGAGACGGACAAAAAUCUGCAUUCUAAUGAUUAA